AUGACGUCUCUCUUCCCUCUCCUCCAUGUACCAAACCUCCCGUUAGCCAGAAUUAUCGAUUUUAUGGAGCCCAAUGAAUUAGUGUCGCUGUCUUUCUGCUCUCAAAAAAGCUACUCUGUCAUUAAAACUCUACGAAAAACGCCUCAUGACGAACGUCUGCAUGUCAGGGAAUCCAAUAUACCAUUCCUUUCACUUUCAAAUUUCGACUGUAUGUUGAAUACAGGUAACUCUGCAUAUAUCUCAAGAUCUGAUAAAGAGGAAUAUGUGAAAUUGGGUGGGCAACAAGCACGAGUCAAAAUGCACCGUCUAAUCAAAUAUUUGAUAAUAUAUUGGGAGGAUAAACUGAAUGGAUUGAAGGCUAUCACUGACUAUGUUGCCAAUUUAUUCAAUAUUGAUGUAUCAGAAGUCUGUGUAUGUAAAGAUACAUUCAAACUGAUUGAACAUGUGAACACUAAACAGAAGACACCAUUGAAAAAAGUGGUUUACGUAGACUGGGGUGCCAGUCCAUCGGAAGAUGAAAUGAAUUAUAUUCUGAGGGAUUGCCAGUGUUCAUCUCAAAUAUGCAUAUACUCAGAAGCUCCGCCCAAUUUUCGCUUCUCGAAUAACUUCCGUAGAAUCGACUGCUUAGACAUCAGUAAUUCCAAAUGGGUAACAAUUGAUAACCUAUUGACCAUGGAUGGAAUUGCUAUUCAUCUGGACAAUGCCAGCUUAUCAAAUAGUGAUUUGAAUGUCUUUCUGAAGCAUUGGCUAUCUGGAGGGUGUCCCCGAUUGAAACUAUUCUGCGUCAAAACUGGUUCCGCGGAUAUCUUACAAGUACUCUCAGGUUUACUGCAUAAUGCCGUUUUUGUGGAGAAUCGUCGAGACUACACCAGCCCAUUUGGAUACAUCAGAAUCUUGUCAUUCGGAUAUGACAUCCAACGUGCGGAUGGUGUGACUGCUACAGUAUGCGAACAGGGGAAUGGAAGUUUGGUUAUUGCUGUUUGGCCAGAGACCACUCAUAAUUAUAAUUAA